UUUUUUAGCGUCUGGAUACAAGAAUGAGGAAAAUACUAUUAGGAAACUGAGUAGCAGGGUGGUCACUGUUUUAUUGAGAUAUUUACGUUUUCAUUGAAAUCCAGUCUAUUCUUUGCAUUUUAUUGGCCAUAAACGUUGCAGCUGAAAUAGCAGUCGUUAAGUUUGCGUUUAUUUUAGAGUCACAGAGCUGGAACUUUCUGAAGAUGUCUAAAUUCAGCUUCAGGAGAAAGGACAAAAUGGCAUUUAAGCACAUAGCUCAUGGUUUGAUCCCUGCCGCCACCGUUGCUCCCAGACCCGCUGUUCCCCGCACCCCUCCCCCUCGCAGCCCAUACCCCUCUCCAGAGAGACCCAGGUCUGCCUUGGCAGCAGCCAUCCUGUCCUCCUCCCUAACUGGCCGCACGGUGGCCAUUCCUCCAGCACGACAGCGGUCUCUGUCAGUGAGUGACUGCUCCCGCUCAGCCAGCCGCGUGGAGGUGGAGCCCUGCACCAGCACCGCGGAGUAUAGCAGGGACAGAUGGCAUCGAUCUGUGGCAGGCAGGCCCCGUUUACCCUCCCCCGAGCAUUCUGACCCAUGUGAUGAGGAUGAUGAUGACAGUGAUGAUGAAGACGAGGAAGGCGUAAAGGGAGGAUUGCUUUCGGAUCCGGACGAAGACCACAUUUACCAGUCUCUGGAGAGGCAAGGUGCUGCUCUGGUCACAAACGACAUCUAUGCUGUGCCACAUAAGCAGGCUGCCUGCCAAUCCGAGACCGGCGGUGUGACAGACAGCUCUGUGGCUGAAGAAGUGUCUGCUGUACACGCAAGGGACAAAACUGCAGCGCAGGAACAGACAUUUAAAAAGGCUUCAUCUCCAGUGGAGCCUGUGAUUGAGAAGACACGGCAGUCUCCAGACCUGAGUUCAGAGUCUCCCAGAGGGAACUCAGGACCCCCCCUGAGGACAGGACCAUCACAGAGGAUGGCUGCAAGGGACAGCCAGCCGGAGGCUGAUGAGGCCCACAAGGAGUUGCUGGAGGCGCAGAUGCAGCUGGUCAGGGCCCUGCGGGAGCAGAAUCAGGGGCUGGCACAGAGGUGCGAAGAGCAGGGCCAGCUGCUGCAGCAGGCUCAUGGGCGCCAGCGGAACCUGGAAAAACAGCUAGAGCAGAACCAAGCCUGGCUACUAGCCGUAAGAGACCAAGGCUCCACUGCAGGUGAGCAGGUGCAACUGCGUACCCUCAGAGAGCAGAACCAGGAGCUGGUGGAUGAAAACGAUGGUCUGAAAAUGACUGUCCACCGCCUCAAUGCAGAACUCAGCAGGUACCAGGCCAAGUUCCAGCCACUGUCCAAGGAAGAGAGCCCAAGGAUCAGUGCCCUGCCAAAGAAAGGACCAUCCCCUCCUUGGCUGCUGGACAUGAAAUACUUAUCGCCGCUGUUGCUGGCAUACGAAGACCAGCUGAACGAAAAGGAUUCAAUUCUGCAGAGCCAUGUGGAGGAGACGCGCAGGUUUAGGGAGCGGGUGGAGGAGGUGGUGCAGGAGAACGACAGCCUUCACCAGCAGCUGAGCAAAGCUGGGGGCACCUGCCAGAAAAAGUGGCGCCAGCUGCAGGAUCAGGCCAAGCUGGUUCUGAAGGAGAACCAACUGCUGAUGCAGCAGCUGGAGGUGCAGCAGAUCAAAGCCAAGGAGAGCCACAAUCGGCACCAACAGGAAGUAUCCAAAGUGACCAAGGAGGUGAUGCUGCUGGAGGCAGAGAAGCAGUGCUUGCAGGAGGAGCUGGAGAAGACACGUUCAGAGCUGCAGCUUCUUCAGACGCAGCACCGGCAAAACCUGUCCACACUGGAGAGCGCAGUGAGUCAGGAGGAACACGCUGCCCUGGUCGGCAAACUCCAUCGACAGCUGGAACAAGAGGAAGAGAAGAGGAGUAGUGAACUGGAGCAGCUGACAAGCAGAAUGGCUUCUGUCCAGGAAGAGAAGACGUCUCUGCUGCUUGAGAAGAGCAGCCUGUUGGCUGAGAUGAAGAACAUGGAAACGGAACUGGAAGCACUGCACCAAGCUAACAGGAAAUCUCAGAAGAAGAUCUGUUUGCUGAAGGUGCAGGUAGAGGACUCCAUGGAUCGGGAGAUGACAGCCCACCAGUACCUCACCAGCAUCGUGGCCGCAGCUGAGAAGACCAAGCACGAGAGGGACCAGCUUGUGCACAUGGCCUCCAUCCUGGAGCAAGACAAGCAGGGAGUGCUGACCAGGGUCAUCAAGGGCACCAUGCGUCUGGGAAAGCUCCAGGAAAAGGUGAAGGUGUACAAACGGCAGGCAGCCACCAGCCUGGGCGUCAUGGGCCACCGGCUGCAGGAGCAGGAGGAGGACUUUGCGGGGAGGGCCUCCUCCUACCGGGGAGAGAUCCGACACCUCCAGCAGCUACUGCGAGACAAGCAGGAAGCUCUGGACCAAGUGCUGCAACAAAAAAGGGAAAUGGAAGGUGAGCUGGAGACUGUUUGGGAAGCCACAUCCAAGGAGAACCAGCGCAUCAAAGAGGCUCUGUUCCAGUCACUGUCCUGGGCUGAGCGGAUGCCCACCCCUGCAGAGGCUACGAUGCUGAACUUCACGGAAGGGCCACUCCCAGGCCGGACUUCCCGGAGUACUGACCUACCACUCGCUGCUUCAGGCCAAGGCAGGACCAAACCCCUGCUUCAACGCAGCCCUAUGUUUGAGUCCGACUCGGACCACCCACACAACCAGUCAUCCGAUGAGGGAGAGAAGAAUUGCCUGGAUUUCUAUUCAUAAGCUUCCUUUUGCACUAGAUUCCAGCUCCUUUCCAGAACACAAUUCCAGACUUUUCAGGUGGAAUGGCAAGACAGCAACUACAACAACAUCACACUCUAUAUGACAUGCUUUAAGUGCAUUAUUAACUGCAGUACCAUCACAAAUGCUAAGCUUUCCUUUUAGUCUAGUUGAAGACUAUUUUCCAAAUUGAAGAGAAGCCAGGUUUCAAGUGAGGUGAUUAAAAAGGAUUAUGUCAGAGGAGUAGCUGUCCCACACUGGUCACACGGUAGACUGACGAAGUGAAGAUCAAGCUUGACCUUAUAAAUGUAAAGGUGUCUGAGAAAACCAAGGACAUUUCACACUUCCAUUCAUUCCUCAGGUGCAUGAUUUUGUCCAAAAAGACUACAGUACAGGUUUCUGCCUCAGAAAACAAGAAUGACUGUUUUGUGCAGCACUGGAUCAAAACGCACAGUGAUGCAAGAAGCACGAUGACAGAAAGCAUGUGAAGUAAUAAGUGCCACAAACACAUUUACAAAAGCCAUGACUAAGCAAGGGAGGGGAACCCGAACACAUUGCAAUGGAGAACCAGUUUAUCAUUUUAUAUUUCACUGCAAAUGAACAGUAUCGGGCUUUUAAUUACUCACUGCUACAUUUCAAGUUUAUUGGUUAUCUUUUGAGUACAUACUGAUUACCUCACUCUCUUUGGUCCACCCCACCCAGUUUUUGAGGGAUUUUGAAUUAGUAAUUAAUCCUCAUUGUGUUUCCCCCGUCAACACUCAUCACAGCUCAGCACACACCUCUUACACUGUGGGCGCUGGCAGUCAUCCUGCAGGCUUCAUCAAAUGGAAUGAAGAGCCACGAGGGGAAAGCAUGGCUGUCGUGCAGAGUUUGGUCACUGGUCCUGUCAGAUUGGCACAGAAGCAGAGAUCAGAUCAGAGAUCAGAUCAGAGAUCCUACCAGCCAAUCUUCUUCUAGCCACUUAUUCUGGUCCAGCUGCUGCUACAGGUUGUUGAGGCUCGACUCCAGACCCCUCUCUGUGUUCCCAUCCCAUGAGGCACAAGAAGUUGCUCAUGGUCAAAAUGCGAAGAUGCAAUCCAUUGGCCUGGGGCAGAGCCCAGGAGCUGUGAAGAGUCAGCCUGGGAGUACUGCUGCCUCACCGUCCCCUGAGGCCUGGGGAAAUUCCGGAGGAAUGGCUUGAUGACAGGCCAGGAGUUUCAGAUCAUCGUUUCCUUGAUCUAAGGCGGCGAUUUAUCCUCCAAUCAGCUGCUCCUUAGUGAACGUAAAUAGGUUGGAUGAGCGCAUUUACUUCAGGUUGGAGCCUAAAGAUAAUCCUACCUGUAGGUCUGAACCAACAGCUUCGUCCCCAGUACAGGGAAAGCUGAUGCUUCACAGGCAGGUGAAUGUUAUGCUUUCAGCAGAGCUCUCCCUCUGGAGAGAUACAUGCUUCAAAGUGCACACACAUCUGGGAAGUCUUACACAAAGAACCUGGCUCCUCACCUUCCCCCCGCCUCAUGUUACCUGUGGAUUCGGCGCAAAGCAUUCUGGGAGAAAAACAGACUACAUAUGCAUGUGUGUGUAUUCACAUGAAACAGCCAAGCCGCUGGCUGCUGUGUGACAUUUCAGUGCUACAGCUCCAGCUCGUCCUAUCAUUCUAAAUAAAUAUUCACCUCCCGCAAGGUUAAUGUUACGCUCAUUUACGUUACUCUAUCUCUUUGUCCUGUUUGAGGAUCUGAUUCCUGCUAUCUUUCAUUUCCUCUACCCUUCUAGAAGCUCAAACGGGAUCCUUACUGCAGAUUUAGGGUAGUGCACUUGGGGUUACUGUUCUCUGAUGUUCAGGUCGGAUUCUGCCGUCCUGGAUCAGAGUGUGCCGUUUGACACGACCUGCUGCUGGGUUGCUCAGUGUGGCAUUCAGCAAAGCGCAGUGGCUUCAGACCAAGUCGGGCCACGUGAGGUGAGAGGCUCACUGCGACAAGCUCUACCUCCUGCUCACUGCGACAAGCUCUACCUCCUGCUCACUGCGACAAGCUCUACCUCCUGCACAGAACAUAACACACAGAGGGUAUUGCCACCAAAAUCUCUGUUAAGAGCGCUGAUCUCUUCCGUGAGAGCAGCUUUCUCUCCGCUGAAGAUCUGCCGUCUUUCCUGCAUAAUACAGUUACUGAUAACAAAACGUGGGACUGAUUAUGAAACCCGCAGGGGUUCCAGUCACAGACAGCAGAGCCCCCUGUGGUGACAUAAUGACUGAGAAAAGGGUAAAGCGGAAAUAUGUAAAACAACAGAGGGCGCCCCCGAUAGCCCCCUGCUGCUCUGCCACCUCAUCCGCUCAUGGGCUCCCAUACUUACGGAUGCCCGAGGUCCUGUUUUAAAGAGUGGAGAUCCAUCAUUGUCCAAGGAGCUCUGAUACGGGGGGGUUCGCUGAAGUAGUACCUUUGUAUUGAUUCAGGGUAUUGCUUUCAUGGAUAGUGUUCCCUGUGGAUCCUCCAUAUUAUAUAACAUCUCAAAGCUCCUAAGUAGUUUGAUAGUGCUUUCUUACACAUUUUGCUUUUUGGUUUUUUUUUUUAUUUAUUUAAAAAUGGAUGAAUGAAGAAAGACAUAAAGGAAACAUUUUAGGUCGGUGUGCCGAUGAAGUAAAUAUGCAGCAUUUCGCAUUUUUCUGCCGGAAUCCUUCACUGACUUUAAUAAAUGGUUUUCCUCAAUUUACAUAGUUAUGGAGGAAAUGCAGCAUAAGAGCCCAGUCUGAAGAGGGAAAGAGAAGAUUAUGGGCAGGGGUGUAUAUUCAUGGGUGGUGUAUAUAAACUGUCAAUGCUUUUGGUUUAGGGAAAACUUUAAUUAAUAAAUGUCCUUUUCUAUGAGAGGGAUAAUAUAUUCACCAAGACUUCAUUUUUCACCAAAGCAUGAGUGAUGUCCCUACAUUUUUUAGUCAAACAUCUUUUUUGAUGCACCCCCCAUUCACCAUGGAUGAUCAUGCACCCCUCAAAAGACCCCCCAAGAAUAAACUUAUGACCUGUUUCUGAAUUCCCCGGAUUGCAUGGCUCUGUCUCAUUCUGCACAGGAGGAAACUGAAAUGGCAAACUGAUCAUUUUAAAAACAUGAGGACAGUGGUGACCUUUGAGUUCCUGCGUGUGUGUGUGUGAAAGAGAGACGGAGACACAGAUAGAUGUCCACAUCCCUGGCCAAGAAGGACAGAGCCAAUGAACCAGAAUUCCAUGCAAAGGCAAACAUUUGCAUAUGUUACUCAAACCGGGCUUGAACCCCAAGCUCAAAUCCAGCACAUAUAAAAUGACAUGAUCCAGACAUCACGUUUAACCACGAAGGAGAAGAUGUGUUGCAUUCUGCAAAGCGAAAAGCAAAUACCUGCCAUGUGGUGCAGUUUCUGUGCAAUUAGCUUUUUUUCAUGUUAGCUCUGCAGCCAUGGUAACCUCAUCUGGAUGAAGGCAGCCCUGCUAUAAUUCUGACAAAAACAAGGGUGGGGAUGGGCUGUUGUAAUGAGAAACAUUACAAGCUGAAUUUCGCUGGUCUUUCUGGGAACAUCGAAGACGCAACAGUGACAUCUAGUGACCGUCUUCAAUUAUUGACAAGGUAGAUUUUAUAUUACACGAUCUCCCAUUUAUACAACUGUGGAUUUACUGAGGCAGUUCAACAUCCCCCGCCCCCCAAACACAGAUGCCCAUUGAACAAUAUGAAAUGAAACUAAGAUACGGUUAAUAAUGGGAUAUUUACUGUAAUAGUGAAACACAGUAGUUCCCUAGAACUGUGGGUAAUGUUUUCUAAACUGAUUGGAAUUUUAUUAUUGUUUAUUAAAUGUUAAUGCGAUAAGGUUAUGCUGCCAUUCACCGUAAUAUAACCUGAGCUAUAGGCCUAGCUGAAGUGGUGAGAUGUGUUUCCUAAUGGUGAACUCGGUUAUUUGUUGGUUAAUGAUGAUCUAUAUUUCUUUUCCUUGCUUUUCUUGUGUCUGCAAGCUAACGGCACAAACAUGCUUGAACAACGGCAGGAGAUCAAAUGCGAGUGAAGAACACACAUACAUUUUAGCCUUUAUCCUUCACGCUAACCUGUUAGCAUGUUCCUGCUGCCAAACAAGUGUAAGGUGCUCUACGUGCCACCUGCAUGGUGCCAAGGAAUGUUCGAUUUAUAAUGAGCCAUUGUGUAAUUAUGAGUUUAUUGAAACUGCAGUUUACAGUGAAUACCUGUAGAGGGAGAUGCAGUCGUAUAAAUUGGUUUACGCCCGGGCAGCAGGUCUUACCCGUGGUGUCGGAUUAGAGUCUCCAAACAUUGUUUGAACAUACUGGGUUUCCUCGCCUUGAGCUGUACAGUAAUGAAGGGCUUAAAUUGACAUAGAUGGACAUAAUUGACAAUGAUAUGUCACUUGUGAAGCCGCAAGAUUUCUUAGAAAUAUGUUUAUGGGUUAAAUGAAAGGAACGCUGUGUCAUAAAAUCAUUUAACACGGAAGGCUUUGAUUGAUUGAGAAAUAUUUAACAAAAAAGCAGUAAAACUGUCCAGCCCUCAAAUGUUACCACACUUAUAUGUGUUUAUAUGCAGUAUAGUGCGUGCAAUGCUUUCAAAGAUCUUUCUGUACAGUUUGUAGUGUUCAGUAAAUUAGAAAUUUGAAGUAGAGAGGAUUUCCUUUCGUGAGGGCCACUAUUGGGUGAAAUUUAAGUUCUGCACAAUUUCCAUCAGGUAGCCUAAAUGUGUAAACAGUCUGAUCAUUUUGGUUAUUAUGAUAUAAAACCCUGUUAUUUUAAGCCUACUAAAUGUGAAUGAGCUCUGGGAGAAUUUAAUGUCCACGGUUCCACUAUUCCAGCCAUAUCUACAGAAUAAUGGCAACAAUAAUCAAGACAUACAGUAAAGUUAAAACGGUUUAUUGAGUCAAAAAAUAUUCCAAAUACCCAUUAUCAAUUUUGCAAAACUGGAAAUGGCCACUUAAAUGUCAAUAAAGUUCUGUUCUCUUUGUGUUCAUUUGUGAUGCAGAGAGGUACAUUUAGAGGCUCUUUGCCAUGACGAUGGGCCGCAUGUUAGGGUCAUAAUCGAGCUGAAACAUUGCCCUCUAUGUUUAUAUGAUACAAUUGCACGGUUUCCUUGUUGCCAAUACUGUCAAGAAUUUGAUAAGUUGAAAUAUUUAACUCUUACGUGUAAAUGAGUUACUCGCAUAAACGAAUCACUUGUACUCCCCUCUGUUUGUU